GUCAUCAUAACUCCCUCCCGUCCGCCAUAACACACGUGAUACUACCGUGGUAGUAGUUGUACUUCUGACCUAGGUGCUGUCGCCUGUCACGUCGUCGUCGAGCUUCCCGGGCAGGCGACCAGUGCUGCGUGACAUAUUAUCGUCGCGGGGCACCGGCGUUGCGUACUUGCGCUAGCACUGGAUAGUAAAGUUGACACGAUGACGAUUGUCGAUAAUAAUAAUAUAUUCACGUAGACGUACUCUCUGAGGGAGCACAUUAACGGUGCCGCCCUCCCGAUAAUAAUAAUAUUAUUUAAAUUUACUUUACACGCGAUAACGAUAAAAGGUGAAUUAUUCUGGAAUAGUAAAAUCACUAAUCAGUGACUCAGACCACUCCACUCUCCAACGACCAUUGGUCUUUUAGAUUUUGGGCACUGAAACGGUGAAUCGGUAUUAACUAUUAACUAGCCAGCAGUCAGUGCUGUAGAAGUGUAGACGACGGCGGCCGGGUGACUUGUUGCUGUGUGUCGUGCGCGUUGUGCGUACUGCGUUCCGAUUUUCGAGUGUCGUCGUACCAGAGUCGUAAAAUAUAAAUUCAAUCGUUUUUUUUUUGUUUUCGAAGAGGUUGUCUGUUGUAAAAUAUAUAUUCCAACGCGCAAUAAACACCUAUAUUAUAAAUUAUACAUAAAAUAUUUUUACUUGAAAAUCGUAAGUCUCAAAAAAUUAAAAUGUAUACCAAUCCAAAUGCAGCACCAGCACCACCAGGGUUUUCUCAAUAUCAUUCACCUCAAAAUCAAUAUCCACCAGCUGGUAACCAAAACCAAUAUCCACCAGCUGGUAACCAAAACCAAUAUCCACCAGCCGGUAAUCAAAAUCAAUAUCCACCAAUCGGUAAUCAAAAUCAGUAUCCGCCAAUUGCUAAUCAAAGUCAACCAUAUCAACAUGAUCAAUAUAAUAUGUAUCAACAUCAACAACCAAUGCCAGCACAACAAAAUCAGGGAUAUUCUGUAAUUCAAAAUCCAAACUACCCACCUCCAUAUUCACAGCCGGGUUAUGGACAAGUUAUUCAGCAUCAACCCAGUGCAUAUCAACCGUCUCCUCAAGUGGUAGCUGAUGGUUGGAUGCCUAUUCCUCGAGCUAUACCUCAAAACUGUCCAAAUGGCCUUCAGUAUCUUUCGACAAUUGAUCAAUUACUUGUUAAACAACAAGUGGAAGUUCUAGAAGCCUUAUUAGGGUUUGAGACCAAUAACAAGUAUACAAUUAAAAAUAAUGCUGGUCAAAAAAUAUUUUAUGCUGUGGAAGAUAAUGAUUGUUGUACACGAAAUUGCUGUGGGCCAAUACGGCCAUUUGAAAUGAAAAUCUUGGAUAACUAUAAAAAUGAAGUUAUCCAUUUAUCAAGACCUUUAGCAUGUCAAUCUUGCUUUUUUCCUUGUUGCUUACAGAGAAUUGAAGUAUUUUCACCACCUGGGUGUUUGGUUGGAAUCGUUGAACAAGAUUGGUCAAUUUUGACACCAAUAUUCACCAUUCGUAAUGCAGCUAAUGAAGAAGUAUUAAAAAUCGAAGGACCAAUAUGUCGAUAUAGUGUGUGUGGUGGGGAUGUUGAAUUCAAAAUAUUAUCUAAAGACAAAACCACUGUAGUUGGCCGUAUAUCCAAACAAUGGUCUGGACUCAUGAGGGAAGUAUUUACUGAUGCCGAUUUCUUUGGUAUAAGUUUUCCUAUGGAUCUCGAUGUCCGUAUGAAAGCUGUUAUGCUAGGAGCUUGUUUUUUGAUAGAUGUCAUGUUCUAUGAAAAACGAGGAAAUGCAGAAAGUGAUGGAAUUGGACUUUGUUAACUUUGUUAUCUUCCAUUAUAUUAUGUAUAGUAUUUAAAUUUAUAAUCACAGCGGAAAUCACACAAUUUAUGUGUGUUACUAUUUUAUUUUAUUUAAAAACUAAUUUAUUUUAAAAUCUUAAAUCUAUGAUGUUUACGCAUAAAAAUUUUUUUAAAUAUUUUUUUACAUUCUAGUUUGUUAAAAACCAUCAUAGUUUCUUUUUUUUAAUUGCAAAAGAUACCAUUAUUUCAUAAUAUUUGUUAUUUAAUUAUUGCUUCACUACAGUUUGAAUAAUGUGAUACUUAUUUACUCUGUGUCAUACAAGAGUAGCAUCUGAUGACAACCAAUUUUCUUCUGAUUCAGUCUGAACGCACCCCUCGAUUAAAUAGAUUCUCGUUGUUAGCCGGGCAAUUACGUUGACCAUACAUCCAUACCAAUUGCACUGCCGUGAGCUAAAGUAUUUCACCUAGAAUUACUCUAAAUACUCUUGUCUAUAAAACAGUUCAAGACUAGGCAUUAAAUAAUUAAGAAUUCAAAAUUGAAUAGUAAAUUCA